GUUUUCUUGUGACAUCAUAAGAUGCUGUCAGAAAAUAUUUGUUUUAUAUAAGUAAGCAAUGAAAAUUUCUACUUUACUUUAUAAAUGGAUAGGUUUAAGGCUAACUUAUAUUCAGCACCCUUUGUUUAUUCUGCCAACGUUUGUUGACAUGUAAAAUAAUUUUUUGUAAUUUUACUUCAGAGUAGCGCAAAAUUUUGAAUUUAUAACUAAAAGGUUUUUACUUUUACUUUUAAAAAGAAAAAUUAUUUAAAAUUAAAUGUGAAAUAUGUUACAAAAUAAAACGUCGAGUGCACCUACUUUUGCAAAGACCACAACGAUGGCGACACAGAAUGAAAAGCAAUGUAAUAUUGUAAAACGCUUAGAGGAAUUAAAUAAAUGGCAAGAAGAGCAGAAGCGUUUAUUAGAAGAGCGGCAGAAUCGACAACGGCAAAUUUUGGGUAUCGAGCAACAGACAAUGUAUGAGAUGCUGGGAUUAUGUGGCGAGAAUACUGCCGGAGACCCGCUAGAUAAUCGGAAUUCAAAAGAGGAACUUCAGCAGAAACAACAUAAACAACAAAAUAGCCAAGAAUCAAUGGAAAACAGACCGAUAAAAGAAGAUGCAGACUCUGCUGACUAUGAAGACGUCGAAGAUUUCAUUGGAGAGUAUACGGAGGAAGAUUUUGAGGAAUGUAAAGAUGUAUUGGAAACGGAAGACAAACUACCUGAUAUAAAUUCCCUAAAUUAUAUGAAUCCUGCUUACGCUAAUGCUUUUAAAGAACCAUUUAAAGCUAAAAAACCUUAUCUUAAAAGAGGCGAAGGCUUGAAACAAAGAUUCAAAAUAGACCCUAACGAACUCAGAUUAAAUAAUUUACCACGAUACAAAUAUGCCAAUGCUCAUCCUCAUUUCACAACGAAACCUAUACCCAAAAGACGUCCUGGUGUGGCACAGAACGAUCUCGUUAAACAUAAAAAAUCGGAAAAUGAAUGCAUAAUUCCACAUGUCCAGCCGCCGCCAUUAGAAGCUAAUGAACAACGUUUUCAGCAGAUAUUAUUAACUUCCAAAAAUACUUGUAACUCGACUCCAGAUCCCAAGUCUACAUUAACGAAUAAUAGUGAAAGUCCCCAAAGAGCUAGGUCAUCUUCAUCGCCAGGUAGAGUUCGAUUUUCCGAUGCCAACAAUGCGGCUGUGCCGAAACUUCGAGAAUAUCCCCCAAAUGAGGGACCAACUCCGCAAGGAACAUCUGUCGCCUGGUGUCAAAUUUUAGAUCCGAAACAAGUGCAACCAAUAACGGUGAGAAGGAGUGGUGUCCAGGCUUCCUCACCCCAACCGGAAAUUGAUAUUUUCGAUUUGAUACAACGAAAAGCUCAAAGUGGCGCCGAUAUGAACUCAUCUGCCGUACAGAAUUAUAUGCAACGAUGCCUUUAUGAAAACUGCAACGGCUUUGCAGACGGGAAGCAACAAAUCUCUUCAACGACAGAUUUAAAAACUAAACGUCUACAGCCUUUAGUAGUGCCAGAUGCUAUAGCACCUGAAGUCUCCAGCGUUGAUGAAAUCGAAGACGAAUGCGAAACGGAAACUGAAGCUGAGAAUGAAACGGACAAUUCUCUCGAUAACGAUGGAGGUAACAACAACAAAUGCUUAGAAUCGAAUGAUUAUUCCAAUAUUACGCCGUCGCCGUCGCCUGAGGUUCGAGUACGUUUUACUGAUUCAAACGACACGCGUGAGUAUGAUAAAACGGAAAAUAACCAUUUGAUUGGUAACAAAGACGACUCCCAUGAUGAGUUCUUUCAACAAUUCAAAAACGCAUUAUUUGCUGCCCUUCAAUUAAAAGCUGAUAAUCCAAAUGAUACGAAUAGCACACCUAGUACUACUACUUUAACACCGAAAGAUUCGGAUUUGAUACACGCGGCUAUACAGAAGGCAACAGCGGAAUUGCAGGAAAAAACCGAUUUAAUUAAGCUACGACUAUGCGAGUUGGAACGAGAGAUUAACACUUUUAAGGAGAAUAAUGUACAGUUAAUGAAAAUCAAGCAAGAACAUGAGCUGGAGAAAAAUCUCCAAGCGCAAGAACAUCUGGAAGCUAUGGGUCGAUUGAAAGAUGAAAAAAUCCAAAUUGAAAUCCGUUUGCAUGAAGAACGCAUGAAAUUGGAAGAGGAAAGACGUAAGCUUGAGCAACAAUAUCGUUCGAAGACGCAAGCAUUUAUGGCGAAAGAGCGUAAAGAAGUGGAAAAGCUAAGGGAACAACUUGUCCAAAUAGAAACACAGCUUAAAGGCAAAGAACAUACACAUAUGGCUGCGCAGGCUAGACUGCGGUCUCAGAUGCGUAAUACGGAGAGAGAUCAGAAAAAAUUGCACGAAGAAAUCGAACGUUUAACAAAAGAAAACAAACGUUUGGAAGGUGAAAAUCUGCGCAUAAGCAGAGAACAAAAUAAUAAACUAUUGCAGGAAAUUAAUCGUAAUAUUGCCAGAUUAGCUUCGCCUAAAGCGGUUCUGGAAAACAAUAAAGGACGAUUAACUCCUCGCAAAAGUGUUUCAAAAACCAUAGUAACAGCGGCUGUGGUAAAUCGCUUGCAAAGGCAAUCUGCAAUGGGAUAUUUUCAGGCACCUAAGAAAUCCAAAGCAGGUAAUCGAAGUUCAAAAAAUGGUGAUAAACAUAAUAAAAUGAGUUUGACAUCGGGUGCCGAAACGGAAACUACGCCAGAUACUAGUAUAAGCGAAGAUACAAGCUCCCAAAAAGCUGAAUUACCAGCUCAGGAUGCUUAUUGCUUAACAGAACAACAGCAAGAACAACGCCGGCAAUACGAAGAAGGUUUGCCAAUAGGUAUUGAAGACAAUAAAGAAGAGGAGGAUGAUGAUAUUUUACGGGACAUGGAUUGUAAUCCAGAAAACAUGGUCGGUUUUCAAGAUCAAGCGCAAUACAUUGAAGAGCAACCCCCGGCGCGUUUAAAGAGUGGUGAAAGUCCCUUGCCACCGCCUUCGUCUCCAACUGCUACGCUUGCUCCCGUUGCCAAUAAUAUGAAAAGGGAAAUUAUUAAUGCUGAUGGCAGCCGAGAUAUUUGGUAUCCCAAUGGUAAUGUAAAGAAAAUUUCCGCGGAUGGAAUGAUUACCCGCAUGCUGUAUUAUAACAAGGAUGUUAAGGAAACGAAUGUUAACGACGGAACUGUUAAAUAUUAUUAUGCCGAAACGAAUACAUGGCACACUACAUAUUUGGAUGGUUUGAAUAUAUUAGAAUUUCCUACUGGUCAAAUAGAACAUCGCCAUAAAAACGGUGUCAUUGAGAUACAUUAUCCAAAUAAUUCCGUGAAAAUUUUUAAUCCAAACGACGAGCAUAAAUUGGAAGAAUGGCGUUUUGGCGAUGGUACCAAUUUAGUGCAAAUGCGUAAUGGUGAUCGAAUAUUAAUGCUUCCCAAUGGCCAAAAGGAAAUACAUACCAAAAAUAAUAAGAGGCGUGAAUACCCCGAUGGCACAGUAAAAACUGUCUACAAGGAUGGAAGUCAAGAGACGCGUUAUUCUAAUGGACGUGUACGCCUGAAAGAUAAAGAUGGCAAUUUGGUUUUAGAUACCGAUAGCAAACCUUAACUAUAUCUGAUCUUCCACAUUUUUGCAAUAGUUUGUGAUUUUAGGAUUCUGAGAAGCGGAAAAAACUUUAAAUUAUCUCUUUUGGUAAAUUAUUUUAAUCUAAAUUUUUCUAUUUGUAUUAACAUUUUCUAUGGCUUUUAUAUUUUUUCGUUCUUUGUAUAAAAUGACCUGUAACUAUUGACGAGGAGAAAAAAAUUUGUAUAAAAUUUAGUUUAUUUCUUUCUAAAUUCUUAAAAAAAUAUAACGGUGACUUAUUCCAUGAACAA